AUUGAAGCAAAGAGAAUCGAUCAAAAUGGCUCUCUCGACGCGGCAGCGACGCCCUCGGGGUUCUGAUCCAACGUCAUCUUCAUCGUUGCCGUCCUCUUAUUCGAAGCUUGACAAACCGGAGAAAUCGGAAGGAAGAGAAGAGGAUAAGGGUUUGGGUUGGUUUCUUCCCUUAAUCAUGCUUGGGGUGCUGAGGCACAUGAGUGCUACCUCGAACAUAAUCCAUGACUGCGAUGAGGUUUUCAAUUACUGGGAGCCACUUCAUUACCUUCUUUAUAAAUCUGGGUUUCAGACUUGGGAAUAUAGCUCCCAGUUUGCUCUUCGCUCAUAUCUAUACGUUAUUUUCCAUGAAUUAGUGGCUCAACCUGCUUCUUGGCUGUUUAGUGAGGAAAAAGUUAGAGUAUUUUAUGCUGUAAGACUCUUUCUUGGUUUCAUCUCAGCCAUCACUGAGGCAGCACUGGUGGUAGCCCUUUCCAGGAAAUAUGGAAAACGUCUCGCUUCUUAUGCACUGGCAAUGUUGUGCUUGACCAGUGGAUGCUUCUUUGCUAGCACAAGUUUUUUGCCGAGUUCAUUCUCCAUGUAUGCCGUUUCUCUUUCAUCAGCACUAUUCCUUCUUGAGAAAUAUGCCAUGGCAGUUUCAGUUGCAGCCAUAGGAGUGAUCAUUGGUUGGCCGUUCUCUAUACUGGUUUUUCUGCCAAUAACUUGCUACUCUUUAAUGAGACGAUUCAAACUAGUGUUUCUUUCCGGAACAGCUAUUUCUCUUACUCUGCUUGGACUCUCAGUAUGUAUUGAUUUUUACUACUAUGGACGAUGGACAUCAUCUGUCAUCAAUCUAUUAGUAUAUAAUGUUCUGGGAGGUGGCGAGAGCCAUUUGUAUGGUGUUGAAGGUCCAUUUUAUUAUCUGAGGAAUGGAUUUAACAAUUUCAACUUUUGUUUUGUUCUUGCAUUGCUGUUCCUGGGAAUUCUGCCAAUUGCAAAGAAGAAAUAUGCCCCAGACCUGCUGGUUGUAGUCUCACCUGUCUACAUUUGGCUGAUAUUUAUGUCCUUACAACCUCACAAAGAAGAAAGGUUCCUUUAUCCAAUAUACCCGCUUGUUUGCGUUGCUGCUUCGGCUGUCAUUGAGAGUUUUCCAGAUCUAUUCAGGGACAAGUAUGACCCUAAUGCUAAUGCUUUCCUUAUCAAGAUUGCCAAAAUACUUAGACCUGUGGCCCUGAGCCUCAUAUUAUGUGCUUCUCAUAGUCGGACAUUUUCUCUUAUUCAUGGUUAUUCUGCACCUAUUGAGAUAUACAAACACUUGGAACAUCAUGACGAUGCUGGAUCAGGUGCUGUGGUCUGUGUUGGAAGUGAAUGGCAUCGAUUCCCUUCUUCCUUUUUCAUUCCUGAUUAUGUGAGUGAAGUUCGAUGGAUAGAUGAUGGGUUCCGGGGGCUCCUUCCACUCCCAUUCAAUUCUUCCUUGGGUGGGACAGCAGCUGCACUACGUUAUUUCAAUAACAAGAAUGUAGCAUCUGAUGAGCAAUAUCUAAGAGACCUUGAAGCAUGCACUUUUCUUGUUGAAUUGGAACUUCAACGGCCAUACCCUUCACGUGGAAGUGACAUGUCAAUAUGGGAGGUUGCAGCCUCUUUACCAUAUCUGGACAGGGAGCUCUCACCUCCUAUGUACAGGUCAUUCUUCAUUCCAUAUCAAUGGUGGGACAAGAAUGUGUUCGGUAUGUAUAAAUUGCUGAGGAGAAUAUCAAGUACGAAUUCUUGAUCCUAGUUUUGGAGGAGAAUGACUAGUUAUCGCUGAGUUUAUCUGUUGAAUCCUCUUUGGCCUCUGAGAUUUGAACUCCUAUGAAGCAUCAAGAAACUAUCUUGCACUCACCUCUAUACAUUAUGUUGUAGACUUUUUCAUGCCUUUCUUUUUCGAGGGUUUAGUCUAACGAUUCCAGAUGAUACGGAUUGUUACCCAUUUUUGUGCUAGGCCAUGGGUCUUUAUUAAAGAAUUCACUAUGAGACCAACUGGAAAAGGGGUUGUUUGGUAUCCAA